AUGGGGCAAGAAGCGGAUUUGCUGUGCAGCUCUGGACGAGACCCAGCCCUGACAAGUCAGGUCCUGUCCGUGGUGACCUUGCAGACCCGCAAGCCUUGGGACGAUCUCACUGUCACCAACAGAUCUUCUUCCACCCACACGUCACUGAACGGCUCUUCCAAGAGUGCCGAGUUUUUGCCCUGUAGAAGUAUCUCAGAGGAGCGCGGGGGCCUGAAGAGCUAUUGCUUCCAGUCCUGCUUCCAUCCUCAGUCUGGGCAGAAGUCUGAGGCACAGAGGCGCAAUGGUGGCUGGACAACAUGGAAGCCCUUAUGGAUGUGUGGCUAUGGUCUGUCUGAUAGUACGGUGGGCAUCGUAGGUCUGGGGAGAAUAGGACAGGCGGUUGCCCGCCGCCUAAAGCCAUUUGGGGUCAAGAAGUUUUUGUACACUGGCAGUCACCCGAAACCAGAGUGUGCUGCAGAGUUUGAAGCCGAGUUUGUCCCACUCACGAGGCUGGCCGAAGAGUCGGACUUCGUUGUGGUGACGUGUGCUUUGACUCCGGCCACCCAGGGAAUGUGCAACAAGGACUUCUUCAGCAAAAUGAAGAAGACCUCUGUGUUCAUCAACACGAGCAGGGGGGCCGUCGUGAACCAGGAGGACCUGUAUGAGGCGCUGGCCCACGGACAGAUUGCAGCGGCGGGCCUGGACGUCACAACACCGGAGCCGCUGCCCACUGACCACCCCCUGCUCUCCCUCAAGAACUGCGUGAUUCUGCCGCACGUCGGGAGUGCCACGUACGCCACGAGGAGCACCAUGGCAGUGCUGGCAGCCAACAACCUGCUGGCCGGGCUGCGAGGGGAACCCAUGCCCCAUGAGCUGCUGCUGUGACAGCGAGAGCCCCGCUCCUGCAGGGCGGCAGGACUUGGCGUUACCUUCCCCUGGAGAAGCCUCGCAGACCAGUCCUGUGCCUCCUUGCCUCUGAAGCAGCGUGCCAGCGGUGCCUGCGGUGAGGGAACUGAACCGUAGCCAUUAAA